AUGGUGACGAUUGUGGUGACGGUUUUUGGGCUUUGUUUCUCAAUUAGGUCGAAAAUCCCGGGACGGAAAAAGGCGAAGAAGGCGGAGGAAGCGGCGAAAUUGGGUAAGGUGAAGGCUGAGAAAUCGUCAGACGAAAAUGACUCCGAUACUCUCGACCCUGCAUCACGAAGUGGAUCAUCAACAGCGAAGGACGCCCCUUUCACCAUCGUUCCGGACCCAUCAGGUGUGCCAAAAGAAGAAUCCGAAGAUAACCCAUGGGAUGUCACGAAGAUUAGGAAUAUGCGAGAAGCACCUUUUGUCACUAUCUCACGGCCUACGCUUGUUGUCGUAUGA